AUGGAGAAACUAUUGAAAUUAUUUUUGUUGGUUCUUACAUUUAGUGUUCCACUGUUCGGAUUAACAUAUUCGGAUACGAAGUUUAAUGUGAUUAAAUUUGGUGCAGUCGGUAAUGGUCGAACGGAUGACACCAAUGCUUUUUCACGAGCAUGGGAAGCAACAUGCAAGUCGUCGUCUACUUCUUCAACGAUGGAAGUUCCUUCGGGGAAGACGUUCUUGAUCAAUCCUUUAUAUUUGGAUGGCCCUUGCAAUAACAAAAUUAUUAACGUUGAGAUAAAUGGAAAUCUAAUUGCACCAAGUGAACCGUCAAAGUGGAGAUGCAACAAUAAUGCUUGCGAUAAUUGGAUGGAUUUUAGAUAUGUCGAUAAUUUGUCGAUCAUUGGACAUGGUGUAAUAAACGGCCGUGGAAGUAAAUGGUGGAGUACUAUGAAGGCUUUAAAGAUAUCAUCAUCUAACAAUGUUACUCUAAGUGGUCUUACCUUUAAGGAUGUUCCUCACAUGCAUGUUGUCCUGGAUACCUUAUCAUCAGUUUCUGUCUCCAAUAUAACGAUUGAUAGUCCAGGAGAUAGUCCAAACACCGAUGGCAUCCACAUUGCGGGGUCCACUAAUGUCGUCCUUGAUCAUUGCCGUAUUGGGACAGGCGAUGAUUGCAUUUCCAUAGUAACAGGAUCAUCGCAUCUGAAGAUCAGCGACAUCAUAUGUGGACCGGGGCAUGGCAUAAGCAUUGGAAGUUUAGGCAAGCAUGAAAGCCAUGAAACAGUCGAAUAUGUUGAAGUUAGUGAUGUUGUAUUCAUAGGAACCAUGAAUGGUGCUAGAAUAAAGACAUGGCAGGGAGGCAGUGGCUAUGCUAGAAACAUGAUCUUCGAGAGAAUCUAUAGUCAAGAAGCGAGUAAAGUCAUUAAUAUCGACCAAUUCUACUGUGAUCACAUGGAAUGUUUUACACAUGAAUCAGCACUAAAAGUUAGCAACAUCACAUUUAGACAAAUACUUGGAACCUCGUCAAAUCAACCUGCAGUGAACUUAGCAUGCAGUGCGUCCGUUCCAUGUACGGAAAUUGUUCUGGACAGCAUUUUCCUUCAACACAAUGACAAUAAAAGAGCUUCUGUUGCAUGCAACAAUGCUUAUGGAAGAGCACAAGGAACGAUGGUUCCUCAAAUAGCUUGCUUAAAUCAAACGUAG